AUGAGUAAAUACGCAAAUUACGUCCAAUUAGGCAAACAAGCCACAGAAUACUCAAAACGAAUGUCCAGAUUAAGCAACAGAAUAUUCGGUGAAGUAGCCAGACCGACAAAUUCAAAGUCCAUGAAAGUUGUGAAGUUAUUUAGUGAAGAACCAGUGAAUUUAAGGAAAGAUAUACAUGGGUAUUACCCUAGACAUGUCGAAACAGGGUUGUUGAUGAUGAAGUUGAGGGAUUAUGGACUUUACAGAGAUGAACAUGCUGAUUUUAAGGAAGAAAUGGAGAGGAUGAGAGAAAUGAGGGGAAAGGCAAAACCUAAAAGAGUUCCUAUGGCCUUAAGGGGGGAUAAUAAGAAAUAA